UCUCACUCUCAUUUAAGAACAUCAACAGGCAGAGUUGAAGUCAGUUCGGACCAGGCUUCACCAUGUCUGCCAUGAAAGUCACGCUGUGGAUGUGUUUGUGUAUUUGUGUGAUUCUUACUGCUAAAGCUCAAGGCUCUAUGACCUUCAGCGAUCAAAACAAUACUUCAGCUAAACCGUCUCUCUCUCAGAUAGAAGUGCAAAGUAUGCGAGUGGACUGCAAGGUCGCGUCUCGUUUUGCUCACACAGUCGUGACCACCAAAGCCCUGAACAUAGAUAAUGCAUCACAGGAAGUGUUCUUUGAGGUGGACUUACCCAAAACAGCCUUCAUCACCAACUUUAGCAUAGAGAUUGAGGGCAGGAUAUAUGUGAGCGAAGUGAAGGAAAAGGAGCGGGCCAGGCAGCAGUAUGAGAGCGCUGUGUCAUCCGGCCAGACUGCUGGUCUGGUUAAGGCUUCGGGGAGGCACAUGGAAAAGUUCUCAGUGUCCGUGAAUAUCAUACCCCAAAGCCAAGUCACAUUCACUCUUACUUACGAAGAGCUGCUACAGCGGCAUCUUGGCAGUUACGAGAUCAUGAUAGGUGUUCGACCUAAACAGCUGGUUCAGAAUUUUGAGAUUGUGGUAGAUAUCUAUGAACCUAAUGGAAUUGCAUUUGUGGACGUCAAUGGUACAUUCACCAAUGAGUUGCUUCCUCUAGUGAAGAAAACUGUUGCUGAUAAAAAGGCACAUGUGUACUUCUCUCCUACAUUGGAUCAGCAGAAAAAAUGCUCAGACUGUGAAGGGACAUUGAUUGAUGGAGAUUUAUUCAUCAAGUAUGAUGUAAUCCACCCACAGGAUAUAGGUGAAAUUCAGAUAGUAAACGGCUACUUUGUACACUUUUUUGCUCCAGAUAAUUUACCACAAAUGCCUAAGAACGUGGUGUUUGUGAUAGACCGAAGUGGCUCCAUGGAGGGAGAGAAGAUGAAACAGACUCGAGAAGCUCUGAUGACCAUAUUAAGUGAACUGCAUGAAGAGGAUUACUUUGGGCUGGUCACAUUUGAUGACGUUAUAGAGUCUUGGAGACCAUCUCUUAGCAAAGCUGUACCAGAGAAUGUGACAGCAGCAAAAGAUUUUGUCCAGACUAUUAAAGCAAGACACAUGACUGAUAUAAACAGGGGCAUUUUGUAUGCCGUGGACAUGCUUACCUCAGAAAAAAGUGACUACUUCCCAGACAUGUCUAUGAUCAUCCUACUGACAGAUGGCCAACCCAGUUCUGGGCAGCAAGAUCCAUCCAUAAUCCAAGAAAAUGUCCGUAACGCUAUUAAUGGAAGCAUAAGUCUCUUUUGUUUGGGCUUUGGCUAUGAUGUGGACUACAGUCUCCUUGAUAAGUUGGCCAAGCAGAAUGAUGGACUCGCUCGAAGAGUCUAUGAGGACUUGGAUGCUGACCUUCAACUACAGGGUUUUUAUAAAGAGGUGGCUAGCCCACUUCUCUUUGAGGUAAAUCUCAAUUAUCCUGGCAACGCUGUAACUGACUUGACACAAAGUUACUUUAGGCAAUUCUUCAAGGGCUCUGAGAUAGUGGUAGCCGGACGCCUACAAGAACUUGAAAAUUACACCUUUCAGACUGAAGUAUCUGCACAUGGGUUGGAAGACCAGUUUGUGGUCAAGAGUCUAGCAAUCACUGAAGAGUGGGACAGUGUGUUCCCUGAGCAGGAGUACAUCUUUGGCGAUUUCACAGAGCGACUGUGGGCAUAUCUGACCAUCCAGCAGCUCUUGGAUAAAAUAGAGACAUGCUCACCAGAGGACAAGGAGAAUGCCACAGCUGAAGCUCUAGACCUUUCUCUAAGGUAUAACUUUGUCACACCGCUUACAUCCAUGGUGGUCACCAAACCACAGAUCGAAGACGAAGAAAUGCUUGUUGCUGACAAGCUGACUGAAGAGCAGCGAGAGGACACAACAGAACCUGCUGCAGGUGCUUCUUACUACACUCUAAACGGCCAACUUCAAACUUCACAUUUUUUUAAAACUUCAUAUUUAGUUGAUGGAGAUCCACACUUCAUUAUUGAGCUGCCUGAUCAGAAUGAUGCUCUGUGCUUCAACAUUGAUGACAAACCUGGAACCAUCUUCAACUUGGUUAGCGACCCACUUACAGGCAUUGUAGUGAAUGGCCAGAUCAUUGGAGAUAAGAAGGUCAUCCCUGGGAGCAAGUUGCACACUUAUUUUGGGCACUUUGGAAUUGUUCAUGAGAGGUUUGGCAUCAGAUUGAUGGUGAGCACAAAGGAGAUCUCACUGUCUGAAGAGGGAAAACAGGCAAAAUUGUCCUGGACUAACAACAGGACUAUAAAUGGACUGAACGUGGAUCUGCACGUGAUCAAAGAUCGCAGUUUAACAGUGACCCUAAGGAACUCAGUCAAGUUUCUUAUUAUCCUGCACAAAAUAUGGCAGAAGCACCCGUAUCAUCAAGACUACCUCGGGUUCUACACCUUGGACAGUCAUCAUCUUUCACACAAUGUCCACGGCCUGCUUGGUCAGUUCUACCAGGGCAUUAACUUUGAGGUUAGUGACUUGUUUCCAGGAAAAGACCCUGAUAAACAAGAUGCCAUCAUGUUUGUGAAAGGAAACAAGCUCACGGUUACCAGGGGCUGGAAGAGAGAUUUCAGAAAUGAUGUUAAGAACGGAGACAAUGUGCCUUGCUGGUUCAUUCACAAUAAUGGCACCGGACUCAUCGAUGGAGUUCACACAGAUUACAUUGUCUCUGGUCUCUUCAAGACAAUCUAGACAACAUCUGUCACUCAACCGACCUUUGCACUACACACAAAGUACAUUUUAGCUUUCAUGUAGUCUUAAGUACAUAAUGUGAUAUUUUUAUUUGGAGAUGAUGCCAUAUUUGACAAAGCUAUACUACAAUGCUGUUUGUGAUAGUAAUUUUUAAAUAUAUACUAUAUUGGCAUUCAAUGGCUAUGAAAUAAACCACCUUUCUAAACAUG